GGAUUCCUUGGGGUGUCUUGUCUGUCCCUCCGUCAUCCAGUUCCUUUGUCGUUUUGUGCGCGACUGCAUGCGUUCCUUCCUUCCUUCCGUCCUCACUCUCUUUCUGUCCCUCUCCCUCUCUCCCUCUCUCCCUCUCUCCCUCUCUCCCCUCUCUUUGUCGCUCUGUCUUUUCUCUCUCUUCUGUCCAGUUCUUGUCCUUCGCUUCUGUCUCGCCCUUCUCCCCCUCAUCUUGCCUGCGCUCUCACAGCCGUCCGAAGGGCUCCUCUCGAGGGGCAGGAAGGACCAUACAACUUCCUCCCCUCCUCUUCUCGCUCUGAACAAACGUGACUCACUGCGCAAAAGUAUACCGCUCUGCUCUCUAGUCCGUUGUUAAGCACCUACAGCUCAGUCGCGUCGGACCUUUCUCUGCUCCUAUCCCUUACCUCCGCUACGUCAUUACGCGGGUCACCACGCGCAAUCCUGAGCGCGUUUUCUUCCUCCUCUUUUUUUUUUUUUUUUUCCUGAUUGAAAUUUCCAAUUCUUACGCGCGAUUUGAGUAAUCUGCUAGAUACUUUGUACUUGUUGCUAGGCCGACGGGAAAAAGAGAGGAUCGACCCACAGCAACACACACACACACACACACACACACACACACACACACGCACACACACACACACACACACACACACACACACAGAGAGAGAGAGAGGCAUUGAUUGAGGGAAAGCGUUCGCGCAAUUUCACUGAGUAGCGCGGGGUGAUAUGGCGGGACGGGGCGUGGCUCGCGCGGAAGGGCGCCUUCAAGUUCUGAACGACCAAUUAACAGAGAGGCGAUUUUCUGAUCAUCAUUCUGUUGAUGCUACUACUCUCGAUAGGCACGGCGGCGGAGGAGGAGGAGGAGGAGGUUUAUCCCUGGAACCAACGAGAGGCAGCGGCGGCGGCGGCGGGGGCGGCGAGGGCGGCGGGGGCGGGGAGUUCGUACAGCACGCCGGGUACAGUGUCGUGCUUCCAGAGAAGCUUGCUGAGGGUAAGUGGAACGUCUACAGGUCCGCGAAGUUUCCCCUCCACCUCGUCCAUCAUUUCGUCGACAUCCCAUCUAUCUCCACCCUCCACGAGAAUUUCGAGUACGCGGAGCGCAGAUUCGCCAACGAGCCCGCGCUGGGCACACGUGUCCGUCCCGACGGGACCCUUGGUAAGUACGAAUGGCGGACGUACGCGGAAUGGGGGGCUGCGCGAUCUGCUUUCGGCUCAGGCCUGGUUCAAUUCGGCAUCCCCAAGGGGGCCAAAGUGGGUCUCUACUUCAUCAAUCGUGAGGAGUGGUUGAUUGCCGAGCAAGGCUGCUUUGCGUACGGAAUGGUCCCGGUCCCGUUGUACGACACGUUGGGACCUGAUUCCGUCAAGUACAUCUGUAAUCAUGCCGAUCUGACGGUGGUGGUGUGCACGCGGGACAAGCUGCAGACCGUUGUCGAGUGCUUGGACGAGUGCCCCGCUGUACGGCUGGUUGUGGUGAUUGGCCCGCCGGACCAGGUGGUCCCGCAGCCCCACUUGAAGAACCAGUGUGAAAUCGUCUCCUUCUCCAGACUGGAAUCGCAAGGCAAGAUUAGUAUCCUCCCCUUCGCCCCUCCCCAGCCGUCCGAUCUUGCCACGAUCUGCUACACCAGCGGGACCACCGGCAAUCCCAAGGGCGCGUUGCUCACUCACGCCAAUCUUGUGGCGGGAGCGGCCGGGAUCUGUACCACGAUCGAGGUCUACCACGGGGAUGUCCACAUGUCCUACCUCCCCCUCGCGCACAUCUACGAGCGGGCGAACAUUCACGGAAUGAUCCAUGUCGGGAUGGCCAUCGGGUUUUAUCAGGGCGACCCGCUCAAGCUGCUUGAUGACAUGAUUGAGCUCCGGCCUACCAUCUUCACCAGCGUGCCCCGACUUUAUAAUCGGAUUUACGAUCGGAUUAUGGCCACGGUGAAGAGCUCCGGGGGUAUCAAAGAGCGCUUGUUCCACGUGGCUUUCAAUGCGAAAAGGCGUGCUUUGGCUGAAGGCAGGACCCCCUCAUCCAUUUGGGACAAACUGGUGUUUAACAAGAUAAGGGAGCGGAUUGGAGGCAGGGUCCGCAUCAUGGUGACAGGGGCGUCGCCCAUCUCGCCGGAAGUGUUUGACUUUUUGAAGGUGUGUUUUGGCGGCAGAAUUGUCGAAGGGUAUGGGAUGACCGAGACUUCUUGUCUUAUCUCGUGUACGGAUGAUGGUGAUACCACGUCGGGACACGUGGGAUCCCCUAGCCCCUCGUGCGAGGUCAAGCUCGUUGACGUCCCUGAAAUGCAGUACACCUCCGGCGAUAAACCGUACCCACGUGGCGAGAUCUGCGUACGUGGUCCGAUCAUUUUCCAAGGGUACUUCAAGGACAAAGCACAGACGGCAGAGAUGGUAGAUGGGGAUGGAUGGCUGCACACGGGGGACAUCGGGAUGUGGCUGCCACGUGGCAGGCUGAAGAUCAUCGAUCGCAAGAAGAACAUCUUCAAGCUGGCCCAGGGGGAAUACAUCGCCCCGGAGAAGAUCGAAAACGUGUACAUACGCAGCCCUUUCAUCGCUCAGUGCUUCAUCCAUGGCGACAGCUUGAACGCCUACUUGGUAGCCGUCGUUGUCCCCGACUUUGAGGUCUUGGAGAAGUGGGCCAAGUCGAAAGGGAUAGGCAAGGUAGAAGAUCACGCCGCCUUGUGCGGCAAGAAGGUGGUCAAUGAUAUCGUGUUGACGUCCAUGAAUGAAGCUGCGAAAGAGGCCAAGCUGAGGGGAUUCGAGUUAGCAAAGAGAGUGUACUUGUCUGCAGAACCUUUCACGGUGGAGAACGGCCUCCUCACUCCCACACUCAAGAUCAAACGCCCGCAAGCGAAGGCUAUGUUUGCCAAGCAGAUCGACGAUAUGUACAGCGAGAUCGCCAAGACGGAAGGAUCGGCGGUCAUCAUCACUACCAAGUGAAGUAGCUGUUCUAGUACACUAUACCGCCUUGCUGAUGCUGAUGAUGAUGGUUUUGUUUCUCUCUCCUGCUUUGCGUAACCCCCACCAUGAACCCCUACUACUUGGUCCUCUUCUCUCUCCAUCCUUGGACCGGUUUGUCCUUCAAUGACCCCGCCGUUGGUCCUGUCCUCAGUUGGGGGGUUCUUGGCCCACUUGGUUCUCUUAUCUCUCGUGGUCCUUGAACCACGUGAUCCUUCUCUCUCUUCGUUCUUGAACCAUUUGGUCCUCUUGUCUACCUUGGUCUUCGAACCAGCUGGUCCUUGUCUACCUUGGUCUUCGAACCAGCUGGUCCUUGUUCGAACCAGCUGGUCUUUCUCUUACCUUGGUUCUCGAACGGGUUGGUCCUUGUCUACCUUGGUCUUCGAACCAGCUGGUCCUUGUCUACCUUGGUUUCCGAACCAGCUGGUCUUUCUCUUACCUUGGUUCUCGAACGGGUUGAUCCUUCUCUACCUUGGUCUUCGGACCAGCUGGUUCUUCGUCGCCUUGGUUUUCGAACCAGCUGGUCUUUCUCGUACCUUGGUUCUCGAACGGGUUGGUCCUUCUCUACCUUGGUUUUCGAACACGCUGGUCCUUCUCUACCUUGGUUUUUGAACCAGUUGGUCCUUCUCUCUUGGUCCUUGCGUGAACCACUUUGUCUUUCUCCCCUCAGCGUCGGGUCGGCGACCUCGACAUUGAAGAGAGCAGGCCAACGAAAGAGCAAAAUAGGGCGGAGGGCUUAAGAGAGCGGAGAACGGCUUUGACCUGUUUGAUCGCCCUGGUCGUUUCCGUCUGCCAGGUUCCGUCUCUGACCGAUGGGCGAGUGCCAAGGAGGAGGGAGAGAGGAAGGAAGCACUGAGAGAGGGAGAGAGAGAGAGAGAGGAGGAGGUGGGAGAGAGGGAGGGAGUUGUGAACUUUCACGAUGAGACCAUGAUGAUGAUGAUGAUGAUGAUGACGAGGAGGAGGAGAAGGAUAUUGAGUGGAAGAAGGGGAGGAGGGUAGGAACAAAAUCGAUUUUCAUUGGCGAGUUACAUUGACUGCGUCUUGUCGGUGUGAGAGAGAGAGAGAGGGAGAGAGUGGGAGAGACGAGAGAUUGCAUGAUGAAUAGACGACGACGACGAUGAUGAUGAUGAUGAUGAUGAUAAUGAGGAGGAGGAGGAGGAGGAGGAGGAAGGAGGAGGAGAAGAAGAGGAGGAAGACGGUACUGUUUGACAUAGUGGGUGAGAGAAGAAGAGGAUCCUUAUGGGGUGCCGUGCAUCUAUCUCUUCGCCUUCCCUCGUUAAUCUCUGGACACGUGUUGGGCGCUCGUUGAGAGUGAUGCGCGGCGCCAUUCUUUCGCGUUGCUGAAUAUUGUGAUCCUUGAUGGUUGAUGGUGAUGUCGACGGUGGUUGUUUCGUUUCUGGUGAUGAUAAUCAUCGUAGUAGUUUCGGUUUUGGCGAUGAUGAUGAUGAUGAUGAUGAUGAUGAUGAUGAUGAUGAUGAUGGCAAGGACGAGGAAGAAGGGGAAGAAGAAGAGUUGGAAUUUUUAUACCAGCGUUGAUAAGCUAAUAAGCUACUUCAGUCUUGAAAAAGUUGUAUUUGGAGAUUUGCAAGUGAGAUGAGAGAGAGAGGAGGCGAUCUCCUCACAGGCUACUUUAGUCUUAAAUUCGCGAGUUCAAUUGGGAAAAGAAAGCGCGAGAGAUUUAGAGAGGGAGGAGGGAGAGGAGUGGCCCUCUCCCCGGCGGCCCUACUUCCUUCGCGCGUAGUACGGAAUUUCGGUAGUCCGAGUUCUGUUGCCGCUUGAUUGGUGGUGAGAUGGAAAUGGAAGGAGAGAGAGAAGGGAGGGGAGGGGGGGGCGGGAGAGGGGGAGAGACGGGGAAGGGGAGGGGGGAAGGCUGAAGAGAGGAAGUGAAUAAGGUGUAGAUUAAUGUAAAUGGGAAAUGAGGUACCUCAGUACUUUGUGUAAGUCUGUUGUGCACUGAGUCGUUCGUAGGAUGAGCAAUCAUCAUCCUUUGAUAGGUAUAUAUAUAUAUACAGUUUGUCACAGCCCCUCGUUUGUUGUCCUCUUCUCUCUCUCUGCCUACGGUUUACCGGGCAGUUCUAUUUGUGGCGAUAUAUAUACAUGUGACCAUAUAUAUGACGAUAUAUACAUACAUAACAUAUAUAGCUACACAAGACUCCUGGGCGUUGUGUUUUUUUUUUUUUUUCUUGUCUUUUUCCUACUUCUUGCCAGUGCCGCUCGCCCUUACUUGAUGAUAGAGAUGCAAUACACAUACACACACUACAUAUAUACGUAUAUAUAUAUACAUUCAGACAUAGAUGGAUUGAGUGUUGAAGGAAAGGGAGGGGGGACCCUUCACUUUGUCCUUGUUCAUUUUUGCUGUGCUGAGUGAGUGCACUGCAGCAGACGGUUGACGUCAUCAACUGAAAACGGAACCAAAUCGUUUUCUUUUCCUCUUGGCGGUAAUAGAUUGAAAUCCAAAAGGGAACGGAACGGAAUGCAACGGAACGGAACAGAAAAUGGAACAGAAAACGGACCGCAGCAGAACGGAGCUGAAGGGGACGGGACGGAACGGUACUGAGUGCAGUGCACCAGAUGGUUUGUUGGCAUCAUUGGCUGAAAGCGGAACGGAAUCGUUUUCUUUUCCCCUCGGGGGUGAUAGACUGAAAUGCAAAACGGAACGGAACGGAACAGAACACGUCAUCAGGAACGGAAGAGAAUAACGGACUGGAAGGCGACGGAAAGUACACAAAAGAGGAGGAGAUGGGAGGAACGGAACCGAGCGAGUCGAAACGGAACGGAACGGAACGGGAUGGAACGGGAUGGGAGGAGAGGAGAAUGGGACUGCAACCGCGCGACAGGCCCAAGCGCACUGAUGUUGUUCGAACGACAGCAGGUAUAGUAAACCUCGGUUGGGCAGCUGAGCUACCGGUAGGCGGCUGGGCAGCUAAGCUACCGGUGGGUUUUGGGAGGAAGAAGGACCGGUAGCAGAUGGUCGAAACGAGGAGAAGGAGGGAGAAGAAGUAGAUGGCGCUGUAUUCAAGUGCUGGAAGGCAUCCAAAUUAUUCCCCGUCAGUCAUGAUGUGUGUAUUAUUUUACCCCCUUCAGAGGGGAUGAAGGAUAUGAGGGGGUCAUUCAAUUCGCCUUGUUGUUGGCAAAUGGAUGACACCGAUAUUUUUGGAAUUUGUGGGAGGUGGAUCGAGUGUUAUCGCGUUUUGUGCAUGAAUGUG